AUGGCACCGCUAAGUCCCUUUGUGUCCUGGAACCUGAGGACACGAGAAGAUCCUGAACAGCGAUAUCCCAUUAGGGUCCCAAGCUUUGGCGGCGACUACAUAUUCCACACCACAAGCCGGGAGGUAUUCGAGUUCCUCGAGGCCGGCAAAGGAUACUGCCAGAUCCCCGAAGAGUGGCACGCCGCCGCCAACCUCCCUCACGUCCCUUGCAUCAGAUCCCUCGGAAUUGCCAAUCUGACCUGGUAUUCCAUCGCCAAGAUCUUCAUCGCCUUUAUCAUGCUCGUGACUAUCACCUUGCUCAUCUGCUGGAUAUGUGGUCGAAUGGGGUGGUGCUUCAGCCAGCCCCGUAGCACCACCAGACGCGAUCAGGGGGUGGAGCUUAGAAUGCUCGGCGCCAACCGCUGGCGGCAGGAGCAGCAGCAGCAGCAGCAUAUGGCGGCUGGGGAUCAAGAAACUGUUGGAGGUAUCACCACUUCUAGGCUCAGAGAUUGGCGAAACCGUCAUUUUCAUCGAGCUAGAGACAUAUACGAUUUCGUGGAGGAGGCGAAUUAA